GUUUUAAGGGUUGGCCCUAGGUUACCGCCGCGUCUCCCUAGCAACCGUAUCUGUAAUGGCUGCCGGAAGGAGCUACGAUCACGUGUUCCGUAGACGUCCGUGUUUAAACGUGACUUCCGGUUGUCAGAAUUUCCCCGGACGCGGUGGCGGCCCAGGAGAAGCAGUGUGGCCGGAGGUCGCCGGGGCUCCAGCAGUGGUGGGCUCCGGGGGGCUCGGCUCAGUCGGCCCCGUCUGUGAUGCAUCCACGGCGACCGGAUGGGUUCGAUGGCCUGGGCUAUCGGGGUGGUGCCCGCGAGGAGCAGGGCUUUGGCAGCACUUUCCCUGCAAGGUCCUUUAGCUCCGCUUCGGACCUGAGCCACUGGGUGACCACUCCCCCAGACAUCCCGGGUAGCCGCAACCUGCACUGGGGCGAGAAGAGCCCGCCCUACGGCGUGCCCGCCCCCGCCACUCCGCUCGAGGGCCCCGCGGAGGAACCCUUUCCCGGCGCCGGCGGCGGCGUGCAGGGCCAGAGCAGCGGUGAGGGACGAGCGGAGCAAGGCCGGGGCGGGUGCAUGGGCAGAGCCGCGGCUGGCGGCCUGCAGACCGCGGAAGCCGCGGGGAGGGACCCGCCUCCGGUGCUGGGAUUGUCGCGCGCCGCACCCUCUGCCCUCCUUUCGUCCUCUGCCCCAGAAUCGGGCCUCCUCCCUUCUCCUCGCAUAAGCGUUGUCUCUGGGAUCGCCUCCGAAAAAGACACCUGCGUUAGUUAUGUGCUGCGUGAGCAGUUAAAUAGAUUUGCUGGAUUUGGGAUUGGACUUGCAAGUCUCUUUACAGAAAAUGUAUUGGCCCAUCCUUGCAUUGUUCUACGUCGCCAAUGUCAGGUUAAUUAUCAUGCUCGGCAUUAUCACCUCACUCCAUUUACAGUCAUCAAUAUUAUGUAUAGCUUCAACAAAACUCAGGGACCAAGGGCCCUUUGGAAAGGAAUGGGAAGUACAUUUAUUGUCCAGGGAAUCACACUUGGAGCAGAAGGAAUAAUCAGUGAAUUCACACCUUUGCCAAGGGAGAUUUCACAUAAAUGGAAUCUUAAACGAAUAGGAGAACACCUUCUACUGAAAUCCCUGACUUAUGUGGUGGCAAUGCCUUUUUAUUCAGCAAGUCUAAUAGAAACAGUACAGAGUGAGAUAAUCCGAGAUAAUACUGGAAUUUUGGAAUGUGUUAAAGAAGGAAUUGGAAGAGUGAUAGGCAUGGGGGUGCCUCAUAGCAAACGACUACUCCCGCUUCUCUCCCUGGUCUUCCCUACAGUGCUGCAUGGGGUUCUUCAUUACAUCAUCAGUUCAGUCAUCCAGAAGUUUGUCCUGCUGAUUUUAAAAAGAAAGACUUACAGUGGCCACCUAGCUGACAGCCCAAGCCCGGUGCAGAGUAUGUUGGAUGCUUAUUUUCCGGAACUCAUUGCUAACUUUGCUGCCAGUCUUUGCUCUGAUGUUAUUCUUUACCCAAUGGAAACAGUUUUGCACCGCCUUCACAUUCAAGGAACACGCACAAUAAUUGACAAUACAGACCUUGGCUAUGAAGUGCUUCCAAUUAACACACAGUACGAGGGAAUGAGAGACUGUAUCAAUACCAUAAGGCAGGAGGAAGGAACGCUUGGUUUUUAUAAAGGGUUUGGCACUGUUAUAAUACAGUACACACUGCAUGCAGCUGUUUUACAGAUUACCAAAGUUAUUUACUCUACCCUUCUUCAAAACAGUGUGUGAGAUUUAAGUUCCCAGUUAGUCUAAAAGACACAAUGUGGAUACUUUGUAGUGAAAUUAUGAAGGAUAAAGGUGAAAUACUAGGGGGGAAUUGGAUUAGAAACUAAAACUGGUAGGAAAAGCCCAUGCUGAUUAUAUUGACUCUUCAUUUUUUCUUUAAAACAUAGGUAUAUAUUUUGGAUCUAAGUAUUCCAAGUUUGAAAACUCAGUAAAUGUAACAUGUAUAUGAGUUAAAUUCUAGCUAGCAUAGCACUCAUGCUGAACUAAAAAAUGAUCCUGGGCAGAAGCAAACUUUGUCAGUGAACAUACCAUUUCACAGAGUUCAAUUUAUUCCAUCUGAUUUUAAUAUUUAUUACCUGUUUACUUCACCUUCUAGAUUGAUCUUGGUAUGUUAUCCUUAAUAUAUAGUAGCAGGAGGUCACAGUUUACCUUUAAGCAAGUAAAUAUGUCAUCAUGGUAAAGAUGAGAAGGAUGAGAUUUGGCAGCCUGUCUAUAAGGAGGAGUGGGUUUUUAAAUUGCAUUGUCCCUCUGAAACUUUGUAAUGGCUAUAUAUUAUAUAUAUAUAUAUAUAUAUAUAUAAUAUAAAGCCAUUUAUGUACACACAUAUAGCUUGGAAUUUUCUUCAUCCAUGCACAUUUUCCACUCUUAGAUCAGCUUAUUACAUAAAAUCAAGUCAUAAUACUUUCUGCCUGAGUAUCAGAAUAAAACAUUAUAAGCCAAAGUACCCAAAAGAUUUAAGGCUAAUAGCAUAUUUGUUCACAUCUAAACCCAGUGUUUCAAUGCCAGCAACUUAAAAUCUGUCAUACGUUUAUGAAGUUUGACUUGCUUACCUAAUUAUGUGAAUCAUCAGGUUGUUUUUAGAAUCAGUCUUAAGAGAGAGAGAAUAGAAACUAGUCAUGACGACUAUUACUGUUUCCACAUCAUAAAUUGUUUAUUAAAAGGAACGUCACUGCCCUUUUAUUUCUGAGUGACUUGUGUCUUAGAGGAGACACAAUUAAAACUGUGCCUCUUGCCUUCUGUAUAAUCAUCAUUAAAUAAUGGCUACAGUUUUGGUUUUUGAGCAGUUUUUCUUCAUAGUUUCAUUCUCCAACCUAGGUGAUAAGUAAAGGGAAAAGCAGGUUUAUCUUUAUCGCCUUUUAUUUAAAUUUGUUUGGAUGAACACUGACAAAAGGGAGUUUGUACUUGCUUUUUAUGGGUGAGGAAAAGAAGUUAAGUCUCAACAUACAAUAACAAAAAAAUUGUUCACCAGUUUAAUAAAAUUCUGUGUGUUCCUAAAUUGAAUUUGGUGGGUAAGUCUCUUUAUAUUAGUAGAGUGAUACGCAUUUGACUGAUCCAUCAUUAAACAUUUUAAAGUUUCAUUUCCUCA